CCCGGAAGUAGCCGGCGAAGCUGCGCAGGCGGCGGCGGGGCCGACCCGGGUAAACAGCUCCGGCGGUGGCGCAGAGAAAACCAUGUCAGGAAGAACAUCAUCUGCAAGUCAUGUCAGUUUUCGUAUACCAAAGAAGAAAACAAACACCAAGUCAGAGGAUGUCCAAGUUCAGUCCCCUUUGGCAAGGCUCCCAGGCUCCCACCAUUGUGACUACCCUUUAAAAGAGUGGAGAUUAAGUGCCAACAACAGAAAGCCUUCCACAAAAGGAAAAAGGCAAAAGGAUUGCAACAGACACAGCUCUAAUGAUGAAGAAUCAAUUGGGCAACCCAAAGUUAUCUUGACGAAUGUCCUGAGGAUGAAAAUAGGAAGAAAAUACACACAGGCACAACCUAAAACUGGUGUUAAUUUUUCUGAUGCUGGCAAGCUGCAGUCAGAUCAAGCACCCUCAUCAUCUGCUGCCAGCGUAAAGAUAUGGCAGAUUUUAAACCCUACUCUCCAAAGUCUUUUUCUGUCUAAAAGGCAACCCAAAGUUAUCUUGACGAACGUCCUGAGUACGAAAAUUGGAAGAAAGUACAUAGACAGCCACGUAAUAAUUGAUGCAAAUUUACCUGCUGCAGACAAAUUGCAAUCGGGUCAACUACCCUCAUCAGCUGUUGCCAGCCUACAGACAUGUCAAAUAUUAAGUUCUCCUCAUGAAAAUUCUUUUCUUUCUGAAAGAUCUGAACGUUGCCUGAGAAAGACAGAUGAUGAACUGUGUAAAUUGAGCAAGGCUUCUAAGGAACCAGAAAAAAUUAAUGCUGUCACUUUCAGAAGACGAGAGCUGCAGAAGAAAGAAAACAAGCACUGUGGUGAACUGGAGAAGAGGAGCAAACACAUGAACAGCGCUACUCUUAGUCAGAAGGAAUCAGGCUCUUUUGAUUCUGAGAAGAGGAAAAGAAGAUAUAGUGGCCAUAUUUCUGAUGAUUGUAAUGCACACAUUCCACAAAAGUCACUUGCAUUCUCUGAAGAGAAAAGUUUGAGUUCAGCUCAGUCUCCUGGCUGCAGAAUACCCUGUGAGGAUGGACAAGAUCACAGAUCUAAUCCUAUUCUGGUGCCAGACUGUCCAGCAGAGAGAGACUCUAAAGGCACUUCCACCCACAACCCCUUAAGGCCUGCUCACAGCCGCACAGGGGACUCUGCCUCAGAGUCUUCUUCCAGAAAUGUGUCGAAGAAACAGCUUUCUGCCACCAGUGGGGAUGUGGUUUCACCACAAGUUGGUACAGUCAGGAAAUUAAAGAUGGACAAAUCAGAGUACCUGAGCAAGCUGCGGAACAGAAUCUGCAGGGGUAAUCAGCAACUUGUUUCCAUUGACCCAAUUAUCCUUUCCAGUGAUGAUGAAGAUGGACCUUCUGAACCACAAUGCACAGAGCUGAUGAAGAAUAAUAUCACUGAAAAUAAAGAAACACACCAGCAGUCUGACUUGUGUUUCUCAACCAAGCAAUUAGAAGACAAGACAAAAAGUCACACAGAGCAGUUUUUAACAAAGUCAAUUGAAGAUAGAUAUCCUCUCAGCUUACCGUCUGGAAGCACACCUAAAAAGCAGACAAACCUGGCACUGGAUGUUGAAUUUGAUAGACUACACAUUGGGAAAUUUAAGUGUUUAUCAACAGGUCCUGCUAGGUUUACAAUGAAAAAUAUUGUGAUCCCAUUUCAGGUGUCUCUUAAGAGCAUUCAGCUUACACUGGAUACACUGGAUCUGAGAAGAUUUGGCUGGUGGAAAUGUGGUGGUGGCUGUUCUUCAACAAUUAUUUUUCUUUGGUUGUCUGUGGAUUAUGUAGAAAAGAUUGAAACCCAGAUGGGAAAGUUAGUUACCAGCCAGCCAUCCAAAUCCAAUGAAUUUGUAUUUUUUGAAAUGUCUCAACCACUCACAGAAUGGGAAGAAGGCAGGCUGACUGAACUGAUUUCAGGUGUCAGCAAGAGGAACAGAGCACCAGAUCUUGCUGAGUUUUUGUCUUUGAAACAAGCAUUAUCCUUGUUUAAGGAUCUUUCUCCUGAAGAAAGCUCUUUUGUGAGUUGCAAUAAGGAUCUACUAAAGCAAUACAUGCCAAAAGAGAAUACCUCAGAUGCUCAUGAGCCUGUAAUUCAGGAAUCAAAGCUAAAAGUGAUCAGGCCCAGUUAUGCCCUUGCAAAUAAGCAGAGUAGUGGCUGCUAUUGUAUCUCUUUGACCUCUGCACUGAAUGAAGAAUGGAAAGAAGUAAGAGAAAUGGGAGCAGUUAAGAAUUUAAUUGUUUAUCCACCUCCACCUGCAAAAGGAGGACUUGGAGUCACAAGAGAAGACCUAGAGUGCUUAGAAUAUGGAGAGUUUCUGAAUGAUGUCAUCAUUGAUUUCUAUCUUAAGUAUCUGUUAUUGGAGAAGGCACCAAAACAUGUUGCUGACCGUACACACAUUUUUAGCAGUUUCUUCUAUAAGUGCCUGACCAGGACAGAAAAAAACUCUGAGGGGGAUGUCAAAGUUUCAGCAGCACAGAGAAGACACAGAAGAGUAAGAACAUGGACUCGCCAUACAAAUAUCUUCAAUAAGGAUUAUAUCUUUGUGCCUGUGAAUGAGGAGUCUCAUUGGUACAUGGCAGUUAUCUGUUUUCCUUGGUUGGAAGAAGCUGUGUAUGAGGAGUGUCCCCAGCAGAAUUCAGUAUCCCCCCAGCCUCGGCAGGCUCCCCUGGAGCCAGAGAGUGAGAACACCAGAGCUGGCUCAGUGCUCUUCAGGGAUGAGGAAGAGGGGGAUGGUAACAGAAGUUUAUUCUCUAAAGGUGGCAAUGAAAUUGCUGCUGCUGCUUCAGUUCUAUAUUCAGCUAUUUCUAAAAUCUCCCUAAGUAAUUCCAAAAAGCAGAUUUGUAAAAGGCCUUGUAUACUCAUCUUGGAUUCCUUGAAAGCGUGUUCUGUGCAGAAAACUGUUCAGGUUUUGAGAGAGUACCUUGAAGUGGAAUGGGAAGCUAAACGAAAAACGCAUCGGGAAUUCAGUAAAUCAACAAUGAUUGACCUAUGUCCCAGAGUGCCUAAACAAGAUAACAGCAGUGACUGUGGGGUCUAUUUGCUGCAGUAUGUGGAAAGCUUCUUCCAGAAUCCCAUAGUUAAUUUUGAACUACCACUGCAUCUGGAGAAUUGGUUCCCUCGUCAGCUGAUCAGAAAUAAAAGAGAAGAAAUUCGAGACCUGAUCUUGCAACUCCACUUUCAGCAGCAGAGUGGCAGCAGCAGCUAAUAAAUGUAAUAAGGCAGUCCUGGCAAAGGAUACUGCUGUAUAAAAUAACUGGAACUCUGCUUAGUGAUGCUUGGUCUCUCCCUGCCUUGCAGAGAAGAAAAAAAAAGGCACAAGGAGUACUUUUUGUUCAGCGUGUAUUUAUUUAAAGUUUUUUUUUUUUUCCCACUAGUGUUGUGUGGUCUUAAAAUGCUGGAAGGGGGAAAGGAGAACAUUGUAGAUAAGAAUGUAAAUAUGUAAGUUAAAGCUAAUGCAUAUGGAUUGCUAGUUGGUUCUUGGAAUAUGAAAGCUGCUUACAGGUAUGCCUCAAGGAUGUAAAAAUAUUUUUGUCUUUUGGAGCCUGGUCUUUAUAAUUCUGUAUAAACAGGGAUGGUCAUGUAGGAGUCAGGCCUGAAGACAGGAUCUGAAUCUUGUAUUGUCUCUUGAUUUGCAGCUGAUACAGAUAGAAUGAAUACUAUGUAUUUUUUUACUUUAAGGAUUUAAUGUUGACUCUCUUUAGAGAUGUAUUUUUUGUUUUGUUUCUGAUUAUAUACAGAAGUAAUCUGCAUGUGUCAGAAAAUUCUGCCAAGAUUUGAGGCUCAUGAGUUUUGACGAUUUUUUAAAAAAAAAUUAGUUUCCUCCUUCCUAGCAUUUUCAUAAGUGUGUUUCCACAAGGAGAAGACAUUUGUUUGAGAGUGACUGUUGAAAUACUUGAAAGUUGGGACUGUAUUUUCUUUUAAGUUUUUUUUUUCUUAUGAGAUUUUAGAAGCAAACUUGCUCUCAAAGUACAUACCAAUACAGUAUGUGUAGGCAGUAGAUUUUUAAUGCUGUUCACCUGAUUUUUGGGGAAUAAUUCCUGUAAAUCUUAAGACAUCACCUGCAUUAGCAAGGCAUGCAGGCUGUGGCCUUAACAACCUCAAAAGUCUGAGGCGUUUUACUGAAAAAUAAGGUCAUUAAGAUAUGGGAUUUAUGUAUAAGACAAACAGGAUUUUUACCUUGCUUAGGAGAAUUGAGUAAAGAUGACUGAAUAUUGAGUGUUUGAACUCAGACUUGAUUUAAUAAACUAGGACAAGUUCA